UGACUUCGUCGUGCGAAAUCAAUGCGGAGUGUCAAUUGGUGUUGAAAAACACAUAUGGACAUUGCAACUUCAAGGAUAUCCUCACCUUGGACAUGGUGAACGGUGGUAAAGCCUUUUGCACAACCCAUGGACGCUUAUGCAAGAUCACUCAUAGUUCAAAACCAGGCCGUACAAAAAUCAACGCUGCUGGACCAGUGUGCAUCUCAUUCUCGGCAAUGGGGAAGAGGGGAAGGGACUCCGACGCUGCAACAUGGAGUACCCACGUGGCCUAUUUUGAACAUGUUGCACCAGCUCAUGAGUGUUUGAUCGUGGAAAACGUUCCUGAAUACAGCGAGAUGUUGGUCCUCAAGUGUCUGAAGAAGAGUGGCUACUCCUGGCAGGCGAAGUCUCUGAGGAUCGACCCCAGGGUGCUAGGCCUUGGGUGUGCUAGAGCCCGUCUGUACAUGGUGAUCUUCAGAACAGAUAUCUUUCGAUGGGAGCCCAACUUCACACUAGAGCAGUUGGUGGAUUGCUUAGCAGGACAGGUUGCACUAUCAGCAGGAUCAUACUACUGGGCCAAGCUUCCACCGGAAAAGAACCGACAAGACUACCGGCGCACGACCAAGCUCCAGUUCAUGGAUCUAUCCCAAUAUCCGAAGAAUGGUCGUGGGAGGGGAGAAACAAAAGAUGGUGCUCUUCCCACAUUGACAACUACCACUGGAUCAUUGUGGUCAGAGGCCCACCAAAGAUGCCUCUCUUCCGAUGAGCUGCUGUCAAGCCAUGUCCUCCCAGUGACACGGGCACAGGCGACAAAAUGCCACAGCCCGAGGCUCAAAUUUGAUGGUUGCUCAAAUGCUUCCAAAGUCAAGAUGGCCGGAAACGGCAUGAGCGUACCAUGCAUGGGGGUGGCCAUGAUGGGAGCUGCAAUCGCUCUUGAGCGAAUUGAUGGUUCAUAG